AAAUAACAGUCCACCUCUCUCCUUUUGACAUGUCUUCCAUGCGAGCAUUCACGUCCAUGGCAGUGCCAGCACGACGUGCCCUUCUUUCUGCGCGUAGCAUGCGCUCCAUCGCCGCGUACACCACACAUGCCCAGGGUCCUAAUUCCACGCCUGACGCCGGCAACUCCACCACCGCGCAAAAAACUCACUUUGGAUUCCGUGACGUUCUUGAGAGCGAGAAAGAACAGCUAGUUGGAAAGGUGUUUUCCAACGUAGCUGAGAAAUACGACGUUAUGAACGAUGCCAUGAGCGGAGGUGUCCAUCGAUUGUGGAAGGACCAUUUUAUCCGUUCCAUGGCACCUGGUCCUGGAACCACUCUUUUGGACGUUGCAGGCGGCACUGGUGACAUUGCUAUGCGGUUCCUCGAUUACUGCAAAAACAUUCACAACGACUCCUCUGCAACCGUCAAGUUGGUUGAUAUCAACCCUCAGAUGCUCAAGGUUGGCGAACAGCGUUUCCAGAGUACCCCAUAUGCGAACACCAACCAAGUGUCCUUCUUGGUGCAGAACGCAGAACAUCUGGAUGACAUACCUGACGAAUCUGUUGACGUUUACACCAUCGCUUUCGGAAUCCGUAACUGUACUCAUGUCGACCGUGUUGUGAAGGAAGCUUAUCGUGUAUUGAAGCCCGGUGGUCGCUUCAUGUGCUUGGAGUUCAGUCAAGUCGAGAACCCAGUCAUCAGCAAGAUCUACGAUUUCUACUCCUUUGAUGUCAUCCCCGCUCUCGGCCAGAUGAUUGCUAAUGACAGAGAAUCAUACAAGUACCUUGUUGAAAGUAUCCGCCAGUUCCCUCCCCAACCUGCAUUUGCCAAAAUCAUUCGCGACGCUGGCUUCUCUACCGUCGGUAAAGGCUGGGAGGACUUGACGUUUGGUGUUGCUGCCAUCCACAGUGGAUUCAAAAUAUAGACAUGUACAAUAGAGAGGUUCUUCACAUCACCCCCAUACCGAAUAUAAACUUGCAAUUGUUAUUUUUUUCUAAUUUUUUUGU